GCGUCGCUGAGUGUUUCCGGUGUUUUGUGCACGUUCGUUUAGCGCAGUCCUCGAUCUGAGGCUUUCCGUCUGUUUCUGUAACAGAAACACGGGACUUAUUCUGUGUUGUUUUUUUUAUUUGGAGGAGCCUAAACUUUUUCCAAAAUGCCACGAAUUAUGAUAAAAGGAGGCGUGUGGCGCAAUACCGAGGAUGAGAUCCUCAAAGCGGCGGUGAUGAAAUAUGGGAAAAAUCAGUGGUCUCGUAUUGCUUCACUCCUGCAUCGAAAGUCUGCCAAACAGUGCAAAGCCAGAUGGUACGAGUGGUUGGAUCCAAGUAUCAAGAAAACCGAAUGGUCCAGAGAAGAGGAGGAGAAACUUUUGCAUUUGGCCAAACUGAUGCCGACCCAGUGGAGGACCAUCGCCCCCAUCAUCGGACGCACAGCCGCUCAGUGUUUGGAGCACUACGAGUAUCUGCUAGACAAAGCUGCGCAGAGAGAUAAUGAGGAAGAGGUGGGUGAUGACCCCAGGAAGUUAAAACCUGGAGAGAUUGACCCAAAUCCUGAGACUAAACCUGCCAGACCUGACCCUGUGGAUAUGGAUGAAGAUGAGCUGGAGAUGCUGUCAGAGGCUCGAGCUCGUUUGGCCAACACUCAGGGCAAAAAGGCCAAACGGAAGGCCAGAGAGAAGCAGCUGGAGGAGGCUCGACGUCUGGCUGCGCUGCAGAAACGCAGGGAGUUGAGAGCCGCAGGAAUUCGCAUUAAUAAGAAAAGGAAGAAGAAGAGGGGCGUGGACUACAACGCAGAGAUCCCCUUUCAGAAGAAACCUGCUCCGGGCUUCUACGACACGAGUAUGGAGAACUUUGAGGCCAUGGAGCCCGACUUCAAACGUCUACGACAGCAGCACCUGGACGGAGAACUGCGCAAUGAACGAGAGGAACGAGAGCGGAAGAAAGACAAACAGAAGAUUAAGAAGAAAAAGGAGAGUGACCUGCCGUCUGCCAUACUCCAGACCAGCGGAGUGGCCGAAUUCACCAAAAAACGCUCCAAACUGGUGUUGCCUGCGCCACAGAUCAGUGACACAGAGCUGGAGGAGGUGGUGAAGAUGGGCGUGGCUAGUGAGGUAGCACGCCAGGCGGCAGAGGAGAGCGACAGCGGAAAUGCAGCAUCAUCCACUCUGCUGUCCGAGUACAGUGUGACCAACGCCGUGGGCACCGGGCUCCGGACCCCGAGGACCCCUGCUGCCCAAGAUCGCAUACUGCAGGAGGCCCAGAAUCUGAUGGCUUUGACCAACAUCGACACACCUCUGAAGGGGGGGCUCAACACCCCCCUGCACGAGAGCGACUUCAGCGGAGUGACCCCACAGAGGCAGACCGUCCAGACCCCCAACACAGUCCUCAGCACGCCCUUCAGAACCCCAGGACCAGGUCAGGGGUCAGAGGGCAUGACCCCUCAGCCUGGAGGUGCAGUGACUCCCCGCGGAGCUGUGACCCCAGGACUGACUCCAGGACGCACGCCUCUUAGAGACAAACUGAACAUCAACAGUGAAGAGCAGCUGUCAGACCCUGCCUUCACUAAGCACGCGCAAAGGGAAAGUCUGCAACAGCUGAGACAGGGUCUGAUGUCACUUCCUGUCCCGAAGAACGACUUUGAGAUUGUUCUUCCGGAAAAUGCAGAGAAAGAGCUGGCGGAAACAGAAACAGAGACGGGCUUCAUCGAAGAUUCAGCCGAUGUGGAAGCACGAAAACAGGCCGUCCGAGAGGCCGAGCGGCAGAAGGAGCUGAAGCUGCGGCACACGUCUGUACAGAAGGACCUCCCCAGACCCACUGAGGUAAACGAGUCAGUCCUGCGCCCCCCCUCCAUGGAGCCCCUCUUGGACCUGCAGUUGGCCGAGGAGCUCAUCAAACAGGAGAUGAUCACUAUGCUGCACUACGACUGUCUGCAUCAUCCCACAACCAACACAGCCAGCCAAUUACAGCGCAACAAAGGCAAAGGCCCCGCCUCCACCUCCAACAACGCAUCGCACGUUACUUAUUUGGAAAGUCACCAGUACAAACCUCUGAGUCCUGAAGACAUGGAACAGGCCAGAACGUUUCUGUCAGCUGAAAUGGAGGUGGUGAAAGCGGGAAUGGCCCACGGUGAGCUCAGUAUGGAGGCCUACAGCCAGGUGUGGGAGGAGUGCUAUGGACAGGUGUUGUACCUUCCAGCUCAGAACAGGUACACCCGAGCAAACCUGGCGUCUAAGAAGGAUCGAAUUGAGAGUUUGGAGAAAAAACUAGAGGUAAACCGUGGUCACAUGACUGCAGAAGCUCGACGAGCAGCAAAACUAGAGAAGAAACUCAAGAUCCUUUUGGGAGGAUUCCAGUCACGAGCUCUGGGUCUCCUCAAACAGCACAACGACCUGUGGGAGCAGGUGGAGCAAGCAGCCACCGAGCUUCAGACAUUCACUCAACUCAAGACACAAGAAGACACAGCCAUUCCCCGAAGACUGGAGGCACUGCGUGAGGACGUGGACCGGCAGAUGGAGCGUGAAAAGGAGCUGCAGCACAGAUACGGCGAGCUGCUGUUGGAGCGAGAGGCCUUAGUGAACAGUGCCCACAAGUUCUGAGGACGACUCUACACAGACCAGACUCGUAAACCGCUGAAUCUCACUUGUCACAGUGGAAAUAAUGAAAUGGAGUCACAUGAAAAAUAUAAAUGUGAACAUGAUUCUUCCUCAUGUCAAACCAGAUCGUUCGGUUCCAUUGGUAAAUUAAAAUCUGAUCUGACAAAGUGUUGUACCUGCAGAUUUCCAAACGCUUUUGACAUGACCGCCAACUUCACUCUGAAUUAUUGUUUUGUUCUUGUGUGUCAUCCAGUAAAGUCGUAAGAACUGUUGUCAAUAUAAAUAAACAUUUUAUGAAUUCAAA